AUGAUUGUACCAGCUGGUCCAACUGUCGAUGCUGCAAAAAGAUACUAUUACUACUACUACACCUACACCAGUCCAUGGUACAGAUUGAGGUGGCUACUCCUUUUGCUACUCUUAAUCCCACUAGGGCUCACAAUUUUCGCCAUAUGGUGGUUCAAAAAGAAGAAACAACGAGCAUACACCAAAGCUCAAUUGGACAAUUACAACAAUCAAACUUACUACACCGCGACUCAACAACAAGAACAGGCAUAUUAUCAAAAUCCACAGCAGUAUCAGCAGUACUAUCAUCAACCGCAUUAUCAAGAACAACCAAACGGGCUGCUUUACGGUGAAGCUAGAGACGUGCCACCAUCGGCCAAUGAGGAAAUCGGUGAGGCUGCAGCUGGUAAUCUUCAACGACCAGAGAUGAGCCAGUUGAAGGGUCAGGGUAAAGAUUCGGGUAUCAAUGUCCAGCAGCUCUCCCGUGGCUCAUCUCCAAGAAGAUAA